GACGGCGUCAGCGCUCGGCCGGGCCCUCCGCGUCGCCAGUUUGUGAAUGAGACGCUCAGUUUCUCAAUGGAGCCGCGGGGGGCUCGGGCGGGCGCAGUGCGGCCGCAGCGCUGGCAGUGAGCCGGGAGGGGGGCGCCUUUCCCUCGCUCCCUCCUUCUCUCCCUUCCUCCCGCCACCGCGGCUUUUGAGGAACGGGGCUGAGAGUCCGCGGCGCAGGUCGCAGGGCCCCGCAUCCCCGAGGACGCCUCCGUCGCGUUCUGCUGGAGCCGGAGCGCCGGCGACGAAGCUGGACGCCGAGGAGGCCGGUGGCCUUCGGGAUAUUUCCCCCUACUCCCCGCGGUCCUUUGCUCUGGGUUUAGAAACUUCUUGAUUUCCCAUUUCCUUUUUUAAAUCCCGAUUAGCUCCUCGCCUGCACUGGUUUUUUUUUUUUUUUUUUUCCGGGAGAGGUUGGGGAGUGUGAGGAAAGGAACGAAGAAAAUAAAAAAGAAUUUCCGCCCAGAAGACAGCGACAGUUCUGAGAGCUUUUUCUUACGGAAACAGAAGCGGCGUUUGCGGCCGCCGCGGGCGCGGGGCCCCGCCGGCCCAGCCAUGCGCGAGCCGGCCCCGGGCUGCUGAGGCGCGGGCACGCGGAAGCGGAGGCCCACCGCACCGGGCUCCCCGCGCUCCCGGGCGACUUCUGUCCGCCGGGCGGCGGCAGCGGCGGUGGGAUGGAGCCCGCGACCGCGCCCCAGCUCGACAUGGCGCCGGAGCUGACCCCGGAGGAGGAGCAGGCCACCAAGCAGUUUCUUGAAGAGAUUAACAAGUGGACAGUUCAGUACAACGUAUCCCCCCUCUCUUGGAAUGUGGCCGUCAAAUUCCUCAUGGCCCGGAAGUUUGAUGUGCUUCGCGCUAUUGAGUUGUUUCACUCCUACAGAGAAACACGAAGGAAGGAGGGCAUUGUGAAGCUGAAACCUCAUGAGGAGCCUCUCCGUUCUGAGAUCCUUAGUGGAAAAUUCACCAUCUUAAAUGUUCGGGACCCAACAGGAGCCUCUAUCGCCCUCUUCACUGCCAGAUUACAUCAUCCCCACAAGUCAAUCCAACAUGUGGUACUUCAGGCUCUGUUUUACUUGCUGGACAGAGCUGUGGAUAGCUUUGAAACUCAGAGGAAUGGACUGGUGUUUAUCUAUGACAUGUGCGGUUCUAAUUAUACCAACUUUGAGCUGGAUCUUGGCAAGAAAGUCCUAAACUUGCUAAAGGGAGCUUUUCCAGCUCGUUUGAAGAAAGUGCUGAUUGUGGGAGCACCCAUAUGGUUCCGAGUGCCCUAUUCCAUCAUCAGCCUCCUUCUGAAGGAUAAAGUUCGGGAGAGGAUUCAGAUAUUGAAGACAUCUGAGGUCACCCAGCACCUGCCCAGAGAGUGCCUCCCAGAAAACCUGGGUGGAUAUGUCAAAAUUGACCUCGCCACUUGGAAUUUCCAGUUUCUAUCCCAGAUGAAUGGCCAUCCAGAUCCCUUCGAUGAGAUCAUCCUGUUCUCCCUCCCUCCGGCCUUAGACUGGGACUCAGUGCAUGUCCCAGACCCCCAAGCCAUGACCAUCCAGGAGUUGAUGGACUAUGUUAGCACCAGGCAGAAGCGGGGGAUAUACGAGGAAUACGAAGACAUCCGUCGUGAGAACCCAGUUGGUACUUUCCACUGUUCCAUGUCUCCAGGAAACCUAGAGAAGAACCGCUAUGGGGAUGUACCCUGCCUGGACCAAACUAGAGUGAAGCUGACGAAACGAAGCGGCCACACUCAGACAGAUUACAUCAAUGCCAGUUUCAUGGAUGGCUACAAGCAGAAGAAUGCUUACAUUGGUACACAAGGCCCUUUGGAGAAUACCUACCGAGAUUUCUGGCUUAUGGUAUGGGAGCAAAAAGUCUUGGUGAUUGUCAUGACCACCCGCUUUGAGGAGGGCGGCAGGAGAAAGUGUGGCCAAUACUGGCCUUUAGAAAAAGACUCUCGGAUCCGAUUUGGCUUCCUCACCGUGACCAAUCUAGGCGUGGAGAAUAUGACCCAUUAUAAGAAAACAACACUAGAAAUUCACAACAUAGAGGAACGGCAGAAACGCCAGGUGACCCACUUUCAGUUCCUGAGCUGGCCAGAUUAUGGUGUCCCUUCCUCGGCAGCUUCCCUCAUUGAUUUCUUGAGAGCCGUCAGGAACCAGCAGAGGUUGGCCGUCAGCAGCAUGGGAGCACGCGCCAAAGGGCAGUGCCCUGAGCCACCCAUUGUGGUCCACUGUAGUGCGGGCAUCGGCCGGACAGGUACCUUCUGCUCACUGGACAUCUGCCUGGCACAGCUGGAGGAGCUUGGCACCCUUAAUGUGUUCCAGACAGUGUCCCGCAUGAGGACCCAGAGGGCCUUCAGCAUCCAGACCCCUGAGCAGUACUAUUUCUGCUACAAGGCAAUCCUGGAGUUUGCAGAGAGGGAGGGCAUGGUGCCCCCCAGCCACAACCUCCUGGCCAUGGAGGGUCAGUAACUGUCCCACGAGCCUCCUGUCUGCUGGCCAGCCUUCCUUAAACUACCCUGGACACCGCUGAGCCUGUAGGUUGCCAUCAGUUACGCUGAAGCCAUGGACCAACCUCUGUCUUGUGUCUCCCGGCGCACGCGUGCACGCAAGGCAGCCUUUCCCUUUGGCUAGAUAGAUGUGGUGAAAUUGCCUCUGGAAAGGGCCAGCAGCAAUGUGUUCUUAAUUCCUAGCACCUGCUAUCGAACUGUGCCUUAUUAAAACCAAAUUGUGGCUAUCGAUAUUUGCCAGGGGCCCCGAGGUAAGUGGGGAAGGAACCUCCCUCCCCCUUUCCCAAUGCCAUUCUCCUUCUCAAGAUCUGUUUCCAUUCCUUCCAUUCCUUCCCUUUGCUAGGAUUUGGUGGGGAGGUUUGGUGAGCAUCCACCUCCUUCCCAGAGAGCUUGACCAAGUUACAUAUUCUAGAGAACGUCCCGAGUGCCAAGCACGUUUAUACCUAGGGCGUGUAUUCCAGUCUUUUCUGUCAUUCUGUGUGUGUGCGUGUGUGUAUGUGCACUUAUGUGUAUGAGUCCAUAUGUACGUGUGUAUAUAAUAUAUAUUGUAUGUGAUAAUAUGGUCGUAUUCUAUAAAUACAUAUACACAGAGAUACUCCUUUGUAGAAGUUCCUGGGGCUUCUUGUUGCAGUUCAGGACUCCUUGCUUCUUGGUUCUACUGUUUAUCCUGGACUAGCUGGGGUUGGGGGAUCAUGUCUUCUGUUGUCAGACCACAGAGUGGUGGAAGAGGAGGACACACACAUCCACUCUCCGUGCUCCUGCCACAGGCCCUCAUCCUUACAUAAUGACUUCUCUCUCUCCAGGAUGCUGCCUGUUGGAACCAGGAAUACUGGUUUGUGGUGACACUGGUUUAAUUCAGCAUGGAUUGCCCUUAUCUAAUGAGUUUUCUGUUUACUUUGCCAAUUUUGGGAGUAGACCUCCACUGUGAUUCCAGACUGUCUGUCCCCUCUCCCUCUUCCUCAGGGAUGGGGAUCUGGGCAGAGAUGAAUUCACUGAGCAGCGAGAGCCAAAAGCAAUCGGUACGAAGUCUUAGAAGGAAAGAGGGAGCCCAGGUGUGAGAGAAAGGAAACUCCAUACUCUGAGGCUCCCUCCCUGAAAGAUUGAGCUGGGGCCCCUUUCUCUCUUGCUGGAAGGUUCUUUUUCUUAUGCAACUUGGCCCUGUCUACUCAGAUGCCCAUCUCUUUCCUGCCUACUAGCCUCCCAGACUCUGGAACUCAGGCUUGGUGGGUUCUGUGUCAAUAAAAAGCUUAACCCCUGUCUGGGUGAAACAGUCCCCUACACUCACUGUUUUCCCCCCUAUUCACCUUACCUGUCUCUGUCUGCUCCCGACCUACCAAGCCCAUUAUGCCAGGGAUGGGGCCAAGAAUCCCCAGCAUUCCACGUUCCCAAGAAAACCCCAGGAGCCCCUAAAAUUUUUCCCCCAUCACAGAUGAGGUUGGCAGCUGAUCAGACCUCAAUAAUUUUAUACUGUAAUAAGCUCUUUGAAUGUAUAUAUUCUUAUUUUUACAGUCUUUUCAUUUUGUAUUUAACGUCAAUGGACUGAGUCAGAUUCAGAAAAUAAUUGUAAUGUUCAUAUUCAAUAUCUUACAGCGAUACAGUUUUGUAUUUACAUAUAAAUAUACCGACGUGAUCAAA